AUGCGGUUCGUCUGCGGAAAUCAGCCAUUAGAGUUUGAUCAUUCGUUGUGGACUUCUAUCCUGGGCCAUUUUACGGGAGGAUCGACUGGCGGCUCGCGAUUAGUCGCCGAUCAGUGUAUCGUUGUUACGCAGAGAAAGGGUGACCCUCCGUUAUCGGCUUGGGGGUUGUAUGGCCAUGAUGACCAGCUGGGGACCUUGAACCUUCUUACCCCGGAGAAUACACUUGCAACGGCAAAGGGCGAGAUUCAGACCGGGAUCCGCGUCGCUCUCGACCCUCCUUUGGAUGCGUUGCUCAUUCCAUCGAUCGGUCGUAGAAAGCUCACCCAAACGAUUGUCCGUGUAGGGGACAACAUACCGGCUCAUGAUGAUGUAUUGGAGUUCAAUACACAGAUUGGCGCACAAUGGGAUGGGCUUCGACACAUGACCUAUCACAAAUCAGGUGUCUUCUACGACAAUACCACCAUCGACCAGAUUUCCUGCGACAAUGCCAAUCCUGACGCCCUAGGGAUUGACGCAUGGGUGAAGCGAGGAUCGAUUGCUGGCCGAGGUGUGCUCCUCGACUACUAUGCCUAUUCUCAACAUGCGAAAAGGGAAUAUGGCCUGAUCAACUGUGCCCAUGCAAUCACUUACCAAGACCUUGUGGAUUGUGCCAAGUACCAAGGUAUAGAAAUCAGGGAGGGAGAUCUUCCCUUUGUACGCUCUGGCUUUUGGGUAGGUUACAGACGCCUAACGGAGGAAGAGAAGACGGGCUGGGGUCUGUGGGCGUGGAAGCGACGAGAGCAAUGGCGAGAUGUUGCGAGAUGGCUACGGGAGAGUGACAUCGCUGCGUGCGCCGGCGAUGCUCCAGCGUGGGAGAAAGUCCCCAGCUGGGAAUGGCCUGCGUCUGCUGGACUCGAGGGUCUCAGUCUUCAUGAAAUCAUGUUGGAUGGCUGGGGGAUGGCUAUAGGCGAGUUGUUUGAUCUGGAAACACUCAGCGAAGUUUGUAAGGGGAACAAACGUGGGUCGUUCUUCGUCGCCAGCCCCCCUUUGAAUGUCCGUGGGGGAGCGAGCAGCCCACCAAACUGUAUCGCUAUCUUCUAA